CCUAUACAAUUACUCCGUAUACUAAAGUGUUCUGUCUCCUGUACAUUCCAAUUAAAUACGGAGGAUAACACAUUAACACCAUCAUAUACUCUCCUAUAAAAUAUGUUCUUCAUCAUAGGUGUGGCCAUUAGAUCUAUAAUCUUAGUUGCUUCUCCUUUCGCUUGUGCAUCAAACCCAGACAAGUUGCAAGACUUUUGUGUGGCUAUCAAGGAUUCCGAAGCUAAUGUGUUUGUGAAUGGAAAGAUUUGCAGGAACAUAAGAGAAGUGAAUGCUGAUGAUUUCUACUUGCAAGCCCAACUUAACAUUCCACGAAACACAUCAAAUCGAUUAGGAUACAAACCGACACCAAUAGUAGUGGAUAACCUACCAGGACUAAACACGUUGGGUGUUGCAAUAGGGCGCGUAGACUUAGGACCAUAUGGACUUAGCCCUCCCCACUUCCAUCCUCUAGGAAGCGAGGUCUUUGUAGUGUUCGAGGGAACAAUAUAUGCUGGAUUCAUUGACUCGAGGAACAAAUUGUAUGCCAAGACGCUCCGUCCCGGAGACAUUUUUGUUGUGCCGCAAGGGCUCAUUCAUUUCAUGUACAACACUGGAGGAAGCAAUGCUGUUACGUUUGAAGCCUUUGGAACUGAAAACCCAUAUCCCAUUAAUACACUUGAAAAACUUUUUGGAAGUGAUCCACCAAUUCUUCCUCAAGUUCUCAACAAAGAGUUCCUAUUAGACAAUGAUGUGAUUAGUCGUCUCAUAUCAAAAUUUCAUUCGGAGUCACCAAAAUGAGACCAGCAUGUACCUAUGCAUGCCCACUCGCAACAAUGGCAAUAUACUUUGUAAUAGCUUGCCUAUAUCAAUUAAAUAAAAACGCCAUAUAUAAAUCAAUAAAUUUACGGGGCAUACGAUAAAAGUUCAUGCCAAUUCAAGUAAGAUAAUGCAAAUGGAGUAUAUUUUAUGACCUAAUGGUUUACCUUCAAUUCAUUCAAUGAUGUAUCCAAAAAAAAAUUGUGAAUGACGCCG